AUGGUGAUGGCUGCAACAAUUGAUCGCCCGCCUCUUGAACAGAUCGCGGGCGGGCCUGCGACUGAUGCGGCUUCGAUCACACCUCCUCACAGCGUCAACGGCAAAAAGGACGCACCGGAUGGAGCUCCUUCCGAGCUGUCCGACCUAGAGCUCGACUCGAAAACUACAGGCGCCCAGGAAGCUCCAUCGGUGGAAGAUGAAGAUGAGGAAAUUGAACCGGAUCAUUACUAUGGGGGCGGCAAGAUUCCUGUUUUCAAACCUACGAUGAACCAGUUCCGCGAUUUCCAAGCCUUCAUCAACAAAGUCGACAAAUAUGGGAUGCGCUCAGGAAUUGUCAAGGUCAUCCCACCCAAAGAAUGGAGCGAUGCCCUUCCGGCCCACGAUGAAGCAGUCAAGAAGAUCCGCGUGAAGAACCCAAUCAUGCAGGAAUUCCACGGCUCCCACGGAACUUAUACCCAGGCAAACAUCGAGAAACAGAGGUCUUACAACUUACCUCAGUGGAAAGCGCUCUGUGAAGAUGGCAGCCACCAACCGCCUGCUCGCCGAGGAGAAAGGAGAAGAAACCAAGAACGUGCUAACCGUGCGCCUUCGGCUCCCAAGCCCCAGACAACGCGGUCCGACACUCCAAAACGAGGGCCUGGACGCCCGCCUAAGCGAUCGAACCAGUCGAAGGCCAAGGAGGAGGCAGUCAAAAUAAAAGAAGAGCCCCCUGCGGACGACAGUAUGGAUAAGAUCAAACAGGAAGGUCCGCCCACACCAGUUUCGCCUGAAUCGAACCCCGUUGAAGCGAAAUUCGAAGCUCUCAGCGACGGCGAGUCGCUGCCUGCGCCAAAGCCAAAGGGACGACAGCCCAAGUCGGUAACCGCGCGAAGGAAGCAGAACAAGGGUGAGACUAUCGACCACAUUGAUGAAGAAGCCUACAAAGAUUUCGAUUACCGCAUUCAUGAUAACCAAGACUAUACCUACGAACGGUGCGAAGAGCUAGAAACCGCUUACUGGAAGUCUCUUAUGUUCAACAACCCUAUGUAUGGUGCAGAUAUGCCAGGUUCUCUCUUUGAUGAAAACACAACCGAGUGGAACGUUGCGAAGCUACCGAAUCUCCUCGACGUCAUCGGGCAAAAAGUCCCCGGUGUCAACACUGCAUAUUUAUACCUGGGCAUGUGGAAGGCGACAUUCGCGUGGCAUUUGGAGGACGUGGACCUCUACAGUAUCAACUACAUCCACUUUGGCGCUCCUAAACAGUGGUAUAGUAUCUCCCAAGAGGAUGCUCCGAAGUUUGAACAGGCAAUGAAGAGCAUCUGGCCCAGCGAUGCAAAGACUUGUGACCAAUUUCUCCGCCAUAAGACUUACCUUGUCUCGCCUAGUCUCCUCAAGUCUCAGUACGGCAUCACAGUCAACAAAAUGGUACACUAUGAGGGCGAGUUUGUGAUUACAUAUCCUUACGGGUACCACUCUGGAUACAACAUUGGAUACAACUGCGCCGAGUCCGUUAAUUUUGCGACCGAGAAGUGGCUAGACUACGGUCGGGUCGCCAAGAAGUGCAACUGCGAGUCCGACAGUGUCUGGAUUGAUGUGGACGAUAUCGAGCGUAAACUUCGUGGCGAAGCGACACCUGAAUUCUACGCCGAAUUCGAUAGCGACCUCGACGCAAUUGAGGGUGCUUCUGAUCUCCUCACGCCUCCGCGUAGUGUGCCGGAAAAGACUUCCACUCGUGGCCGUAAACGCAAGCUUGAUGGCGAUAUGACCAAGGUCAAGCGCGUGAAGGUGGAUUACCCGAAGAAAAUGCCUUGCCUAUUGUGCCCCAAUGAUCUAGACUAUGAAGACUUGCUGCCCACUGAGGAUGGAAAAUCUCACGUCCAUCGGCGGUGUGCUUUGUACACUGAAGAGACUAGCGUUCUUCGCGACGAAUCUGGCAAAGAGGUUGUGUGCGAUAUUGAUCAUAUUCCCAAGGCUCGCAUGGGUCUCAAGUGCCUCUUCUGUCGUGAGGUGCGUGGGGCAUGCUUCCAAUGCAACUUUGGCAAGUGUACGCGGUCUUAUCAUGCCACUUGUGCGCUUCUAGCAGGAGUACAAGUGGAAGAGGGCGCGGUCACUGUUUUGGCGGAUGAUGGAAACCAGUACUCUGUGCCCAGUGUGGACUUGAAGUGCAAAUACCACCGCCAGAAGAAACCGUCAUGGAUGGCUAGCAGCGAGCCGCUGGACAAUGACCGUAAGUUGAUCGAGACUGCUCGACACCUCGUUAUCGGCAAUCUUUUGCAGUUCCAGGUCGACAAAGAAAUCUGCGGAGCGGUGGUUCUCGAGAACCGACCCACGGAACGCACUUUGCUGGUCAAAGUGCUACCACGAGGGGACGUAAUCGAGUUACCAUACCGCUGGAUGCUCCUUGUACGAAGGAGCAACUUCGCCCCUCUGGCGGCAGCCAUCAAACCACUUCCCGCGCAUUUAGCCCGGAAGCCCGAAGCUCGGAGGGAAUUGGAAUCCGCACUGCCUGUGGCAGGGAAACCAUUUGGCGACGGGCGAUCUCCGUACCAGUGGGCCGAAUUUGAGACGGUGGACAGCACUAACCGUCCUUCUGCCCCACCAAUGGUGCAGGUCAACCUGGACAAGAUGGAACAGAUCUGGUAUUAUUUGGGCCAGUCAUCGACCGAGUGUAGGGCUCAAUAUACGCACAACCCUAGCGUGCCCAUCCACAACCCGCGGUCGAAUUUCCUGGACAGCGUCAAGUCCCUUGGCGCCGUGAUGGCCCGACUCCCCUCCUACCCCCACCAGCGCCUGCCUCCUUAUGUUUUGACUGCCCCUCAUCCUCACCUCCUUUCUUCUGCCGCCGCCACCACCACCGCCUCCGCUGUCGCUGUCGCUGCUGCUGCUGCUGCUGCCUCCCGCCCAUCGCUGCCGCAGCGCCCUUCUUUUGCCCCUCCUCCUCGCUCGUCUCCCGCUGCUCCGACCUCUGCUGCUGUUGCUGCUUCUGCGAUGCCGUCAGCCUAUCGCUCUCUUCCCAAUCAAUCUGCCCGUCAUGCUCCGUACCCGCAACUCACCAAAGCCCAUAUUCAAUCCCAGCAGCAACACAGUCAUCAGCAGCAGCAGCAGAAUACGAACGGCUCCGUCACCACCAAUAACAGUCACCUCACCGUCAAUAAUUUUGCCGGCGUCCGCGAGAUCAUUGCCCGUCGUCGACUGGCACAAAUCACCGAUCAUGCCAAUGUCUUCGCCGGGUAUACCAUCGUCAGUACGGAAUUGGUCGUAGAAACUCUCCUGGGGCCCAUGGGCUCGGUGCCGCCGAGCAAUGGCCUCGAAAAACUGGAGCUUGCCAUGGCUCAACAACGCGUCCACCCCCGUGCCCCCGAUGGAACACUUCUGCCAGUACAGCCCCUGAACAUGCGUUCCGAAGAAGUCACAAGGUUAUUGCAAAUGCUGCGGUUCUCUCUCAUCAGCCACCGCGACCGCCUGGAUGUGCUUCAGAAGAAAGAAUCGGAAAAUGUGAAGCAGGAAACGGCCAACAAGACCAAUGGGGCUGCUCCCAAACUACCGCAGAAGUAUGCAUAUCUUGAGCAACAGCGUGAGCAGGCUCCCACUGUAUACCAAUCUCCUUACGAUAUGCCCUCGGGGUUCACCGAGUAUGCCCGCACGACAUUUGGUCUUACCCGUGCUGAGCCAGAACUGCCCAUGCCUUCGCUAGCGAAUGAUUACUUCGCCAGCCUCUCCCCUGAGAACCAGGAGAAGAUUCUCAAGACGUGUGGCAGUUUUGUGCAACGAGCCAUGGAGCGGUCGGCACCUCAUAGCCGGCAGAGUUCCGCCUCGAAUCUCCGGCUCGCCUCGGCGUUGGCCCAGCAAGCUGAGAACCCGACCAUUGAUAUAACAACGGUAGAGGACAUGCCUCUAUCAGGUCUUGACUUCCCUUUGCGGGCAGAUUCACCAUGCUCAAAUUUCAGCCGGUCGCAUUUGCGAUUCCACUCACCAAAUGACUUCACCAACCACGGCACAGAAGUUCACCACGACCAUCAUGACCUGUUUGGUGACCAACAAGCCAACACUCGAUUCUGGCAACAUGGACCGUGGGCCGCUGGCGAUGGGAAUACGCCCAACGAAGAGAGUCGACCGUUCUUUGGGCCUCACGAACGGCUGAAGCAUGAUUAUGCUUCGUCUGAUAUCUCCUUGGGUCGUGGUGGACCGGGCUCAUUGCACUCUGUCGAUAUGGCUGGGUUUGGCCUCGACAACCCCGACGACCUUGGUGGCGCUCUUAGCCCUUGA